AUGGCGGGUGACAUCGUGCACUCUCUUCACUCCUUCUUUCUUGCUCCAGGUUACCAGGUGACGGGUGUGUUCAUGAAGAACUGGGACUCCCUGGAUGAGCACGGACACCGUGGACUCCCAGAGAGUGCCUGGUGCCAUGGACUCCACGGAGGGUGCCUGGGCUUACACGGCGCCGUGACCUUUACAGAGUACCUGGGCUUACGCAGUGCCGUGGACUCUACAGAGCGUGCCUGGGCUUACACACCACCGUGGACUCCCAGAGUCCCCGGUGCCAUGGACUCCAUGGAGAGUGCCCUGGCUUAUGCAGCAUUAUGGACCCCAAAGAGUGCCCGGGCUCAUGCGGCACUUGAUUUUUUAAAUGAGUAUGAGAAAGGAAGGACCCCGAACCCCGACAUAGUGUGCAACAAGCACAUCAAAUUCAGCUGUCUCCUUCGUUACGCCAUGGAUAAUCUGGCGGUAAGACUCCUGCAGGCAGCUGACAGCUAUAAAGACCAGACCUUCUUUCUCAGCCAGGUUUCCCAGGAUGCCCUGCGGAGAACCAUCUUCCCUCUGGGGGGAUUAACCAAAGAGUUUGUAAAGAAAAUUGCUGCUGAGAACGGACUUCAUCACGUGCUUCAGAGGAAGGAGAGCAUGGGCAUCUGCUUCGUGGGUAAAAGAAACUUUGAGAAGUUCAUUCUUCAGUAUCUGCAGCCUCGGCCUGGGAACUUCAUUUCCAUAGAAGACAGCAAGGUGCUGGGAGCACACCAAGGCUGGUUCCUGUACACUCUAGGCCAGAGAGCCAGGAUCGGCGGCCUGCGGGAGCCCUGGUACGUGGUGGAGAAGGACAGCACCAGGGGUGAUGUUUUCGUGGCCCCCCACGUGGACCACCCCGCCUUGUACCGGGAGCUGCUUCGCACCAGCCGCGUGCACUGGAUUGCUGAGGAGCCGCCUGCCGUCCUGGUCCGCGACAAGAUGAUGGAGUGCCACUUCCGGUUCCGCCACCAGAUGGCGCUAGUGCCUUGUGUACUGACCCUCAACCAGGAUGGCACCGUGUGGGUGACUGCAGUGAAGGCUGUGCGGGCGCUCGCUCCCGGGCAGUUUGCUGUCUUCUACAAGGGGGACGAGUGCCUGGGCAGCGGAAAGAUCCUGCGGCUCGGGCCGUCCGCCUACACUCUCCAGAGGGGCAAGGACAGAUCACAAGUGGCCUCUGAGGGCUCUGGUGAUGGCGUGGGCAGUGGUCCAGGCCCCACACCCCGACCCAGUGGUGCGCCCUGA